AUGUCAAAUGUAAAUGUAAAUGAAAAUAUUUUUAUAUCUAAAAAUCAGUAUUCAGCUAUAUUGGUUUUGUCACUCGACAAUUUAGUUAACUUACGCAGAAACAGAUGUCCUAUUGUCGACACAUGGUUUCAGACAGAAACUGGUAGUCUUCUGAUAACACCAAUAUCAAAUGUGACAGAAUUGAAGCCAGGCUCUGUUACAUUACCAUUUUUUGGUAUAACAACACAAAUUUUUGAUAAAGCCACAGGAAAUCAACUACCACCACCAUGUACAGGCGAGUUGUGUAUAUGUGACUCAUGGCCAGGUCAAGCGCGUAGCAUCUAUGGUGAUCAUAAACGUUUUGUUGAUGUAUAUUUUACGCGUUAUCCAGGUUUUUAUUUCACGGGUGAUGGUUGCGAAAUCGAUGAGAAUGGAUAUCACUGGAUUACGGGUCGAGUGGAUGAUGUUCUCAUCAUUUCUGGACACAAUAUUGGCACAGCUGAAGUUGAAUCGGCUCUCGUUUUACAUCCGACUGUGUCCGAAGCGGCAGUUGUUGGUUAUCCGGAUCCGAUAAAGAAUCAAGGCAUGUACUGUUUUGUCACAUUAAAAAAAGACGUAAUCGAAACGGAUGAACUCAAAAAAGAGCUCGUGCGUAGUGUCCGAGAAACGAUCGGAGCACAUGUCAUUCCUGAUGUUAUACAUUUUGCACCUAAUUUGCCUACAACACGAAGUGGCAAGAUUAUGCGACGAAUAUUACGCAAAAUUGUUGAACCUGAUAUUGAUAAUCUUGGCGAUAUUUCGACAUUAAUUGAUCCAACGGUUGUAGUAGAACUAAUCAAGAAAUGCCCUCGAACAAAACCAUCAUAA